AUGUGGUUAUUAGUUGUUAUCUCGCUGUUUGCUACUGCAGCGUUUGCUGCUCCCCAGGGAUAUAGUCUGACUGCCCCGUCCCGCCCCGGCUUGCAACUUGGUUCUGCAACCUCCACUCUGGAACUUUCUUCUUCACCUGCAAUUUCUGCUAACUUCUCACCUGUCGGAGAACAGUCCGUUGGUGUUGGAGUUUCUGCUGAAGCUCCACAGACAUCAGCCCUUGAUGCAGGACACACUGAAGGAGUACAUACUCUAAAAGAAACUAUUAUCAGUAAUGAAGCAUCCACCAGUGGUUCCAACGGUACUACUGCGUGCAAGGAGGGAGAAAUUCUGCAUGUAGACGGAUCUUGUGUCGUUCCCGUAAUCACGCGCAAAGUAUUCGUCUUCAACGUACCUCAACAAGAACCAGAAAAUAAUUCUACUUUGCCUGAACUUCCGCCACUGAAAGUAGAACACAACAUUCUCUUCGUACGUCUACCCGAAGCAGGCGAGGGUCCUGAACCAAUUAUUGUUCCUCCACCAAAGCAAAACAACAUUGUGUAUGUUCUCAACAAACAAAACGAACAAACACAGCGCGUCAUCGAAGUGCCGGCUCCUCCACCCUCCGAACCUGAGAUUUACUUUGUGGAUUAUAAGGAAGGCGAAAAUCCUAGUCUUCCAGGUGGUGUGGACCUCCUUACUGCUCUUGGCUCCGCUUCUGAAACGGGCGGAGAAGUCAUUGGCGUGAUCGAGAGUAGUUCAGCUGAGGAUACUACGGUAGUAAGUAGCACUGUAGGUCUUGGUGAUACUGGUUCCGGUUCACUGGCUGCCGGAUCUGGUGUAAAAGUAUCCCUGAAUGUACAAGCUCCUUCAUCAACAGAUGACAAUAUCCUUUCUGAAAACUCAGGCGCCAGUGACAACGCUGCUCCAUCAAGCCUCUACAUCACUCCUUAA